CACCGAGGAGCCGGAGCCAGUCCAGCCGCGCUCUGAUUGGUCCGGAGACGGCUAACUCCAUUUUGGAAAAACAGCUGGUCAAAGACACAACCUUUCCCCGUUGUUUGGCGAUGAUUCCCGGGGAGAGACGAGGAGGCUACCGUGCGCUCUGCUCCCACUGAGAACAACGGCGUUUACGGAGCUUUCACGUACACUCCGGAGUCCAUCGCUUUGUCCUUGCGGUUCGAAAGUUAUCCUGGGAAAACCUAUGCUGUUAAAUUCCCAUUAUAACAAGUGGAUGAAAGGAGGAGGCAACCCGAUCAAGAGGAGGAGAGGGAAUUCCGUCCAGUUGGAGUGACUCAGAGCUGAGUCAGGAGCAGGUGUCCACACUCAGAAUAUCCACAAUCAGCCCCAGAUCUGAGCGUCAGCGCGAGUGAGCCUGGAGCGCACCAGCGUGAGGGAGCCUGAGUCUGCGAAGCAUACGGAGAAGCAACUGUGUGUGUGGAGCUCAGAGGAGGUGCAAUACGCUACAACAGGAGGCACAGGGAGGAGGAGGUGUAAUGGUGUCUGUGGCCGUGUGCAGAUGAUGGAUGUUGAGGCGUCCUACUCAGAGUUCAUUACGUGCGAUCGUACGGGCCGGAGGAACGCAGUGCCCGACAUCGGCGGGGAGGGCGCGGUCGUGGCCAGCACCAGCCAGCUCAGCCAGGACCUGGAGGGCAUGGACCUCAAGAGCAAAGGAGAGGACCCGGGCGCCUCUCCAGCCCCUGCAGCUGAGGGCUCCUCCGGCUCAGACGCCCAGGACGGCGGGGGUCCCUCUUAAAGCGCCCUGGGUUUGAAUGGAGAGGCUUUCCACCCCAGGCAUUUGAACACGGACACACUCCAGAUGUCCUCAGACUAGCAGACCACCUCGCUCACUGCCAGCUCAAGAUUGCCUCAUGUGCAGAUCCAACUAGACUGUCAAAGAGUGGAACUGAGUGGUAUAAAAGGGGCGGUUGCAGAUAUAUUUUCCAUCACAGCGAGUAGAUUUGAGUGAUUCGAGACUUAAACAAAGAACUCUCAACAUGCUCAGAUUUGGAGAUAGCGUCAUUAAUCAUUGGUUUUGUCAUUCUUCGUGUCCGUGUGCGUGCUGUGUGCUACCCGUCCACUGUCCAAUACCUGUACUUUAUUUUCUGUAUCUUAGUUACCAUUUUAAUGUUGUGUACGGACUUCAUAUUUAUUGCUAAAUGUUUGGUGAUAACUUUGUGAUAGCAUUUUUCUUUGUGUAAUAAAAGACGUAUGAAUCUUGUC